UCGUGUAAGGGCCGCUAUAUGAUACCGAUACAUUUUGGCGCCGGGUACAGAUUUUUGGAAAAAUGACCUGGGAACGCUGCCUAAUUUAUUGUUUACGUGUUUUGAAAUUUUUCAGUUUAAGAUAUUUUGAAUUGCUUCUGGUUUGAACUAUCUAAACGAUGAAUGAAGCUUUUCGUGCAAGAAAUGCUGUUGCUGAUCAAGAAUGCGAGAAUGAAGAUGAUCGUUUGGUGGAAAUAACAGAUUUCUACGAUCCGAUAGCAGCGUUGUUGUCCAGUAUUGGUGGCGAGGCAGAAAAUCUUACCGAGGAACUGAGGAGUUACGGAAUUAAAUACGAACAUCUCUCUGGACUGUGCGACGAAGAUCUAAAAAUAUUAGGGUUAAAGAAUGAGAAAAACAGACAAGAAGUAUUGGCGGAAAUAUCGUGUCUUCCAAAUCAAAUAGAGCAUUACGACAUUGCUACGAGAGUGCUGGACGAUCAUGGGUAUACUAAGGAGGUAUUGCAGAACAUCUCGACUCAUUUGGACAGUUUAACGGCAUUGCUGUCCCUUACUCACCUAAGAAUUUCCACGAGCCACGUAAACGACGUACAAAUAAGCGAAAAUAAAUAUGCAUCGGAAGUGGGGCUCCGCAUUUGCCAUAAAGUUAAUACCAGAACAGUUGAACUGGAAAAUUUAAUUGCAGAUAUAAAAUUGAAAAAAUUUUGCAAACUAAAACCUAAAACAUUAAAAUGUAUGUCAAUAUCUAAAAUGUACGCUAUGGACAAGGUAUUGUUACCUACCUUAUUGAUAGGAACUGCAUUAGUAGGUCUGAAAUUUUUCAAGUUGUUCGUUAAAUAAAUGUUUAUUGGAAUAUUGGAAUAACUACUUAAUCAUGGGUGUGCGGCCAUUUCGACGAAGGUCUUGUGUUGACGCUCUUAAUGAUUACACAGUAAAACGCAUUCGAGCACCCCUUGCCGUUUUGCAAUGAAUAAGAAGAACUGGAAUUGCGCAGCUAUAAAUGAGAACACAAAUAAACAAGUUAGAGAGUA